CUGUAUAUGGAAUAAUUCCCAAAGUACUACAUUGUACAGGGCUUUCUAAGCAGUUUUGGUUAGCCUGUCUCCUGUGACCUUUGACCUGUAAGGCCCCUGCUCCUUUCCAUUGGCGGCCCCGUCCCUCCCUCUUUCUCUCGGUUCCGGAUUACAGGAGCGUGCACAUCGUUUCGUGUCUGUUACAGACUUAAAAGUGAGUGAAAUGCGGUUAUUACCGGCUUUCUGCCCAUAACGAGAGGCCGAGCCCCCCGAGAACACACAGAGCCGGUGUCAGGACCCCAAAUAGCCGGGUUUAGCCUUUAUUAUGGCUUGUAGUGAGCUUGGGGCUGCCUGAGAGUUGGGGCUGGGUGAUCACACCAUGCAGAGUGGGGAGUUCUAUUCAGAAUCCUCCACACUAAGGCUAUAAUAGGCAAGAUUCUGCCAGAUUGGCCUUCUAGGCUAACAUUGUCAUUUAUCUUUCUGUUCUCAACUAUGUUUUCCCUUUUAAUAGGAUUUAAUCCCCAGCCAAGCGGAAAUUAUAUACAGACCCCAUUUUAUGAAGUUUAAAGGGGACUUUUCAUGCAGUUCAUAACAAAUGCUCUUUUAAAUCACCUUUAAAUUCUAUUUAUACAUUGUGCAAAAGUGUUUUGGCGUGUAUUCUUUCUUUUGCGUUGCUAAUAUGGUGCGCUGUAAAAAUAUACUAAAAACCAUAAAAUACAUUUGGAGCAUCUCUGUUAUCAUACCAUCUCCCAAGGCCAGACGCUGCCAUGAUGUGGUUAGCUAGGAGGCGCCUACUCGCUAACACCAUGGACUGCAGCAAAUUAAAAUCUGUCGUGCAGGGCACGGGCACUCACUGUGUCCAGGAUUUUGUUAUCCCUGUAGCACUCUAAGUACUCUCACACUGUAUACCUACAUUACAGGGGCUGGCCAUGGGUAGGGAUUUAUUCCUAGUAACUGGCUGUAUCCCAGAUUACAUAAAACAAUGUCAGUGCCCAGUGCAGCCCACAGUGGGAGACAGUAAGACCAUCUCUAGCUUGUCCUCUAUUGUAAACUGCUAGUCUCAUAAUGCUGAGCCGCACAUCUGUGCCUCAGACUUGCUGUGACGCUCAGCCAGACAUGUUGGGCCCAUAGAUAAGGCAGUCCUUCCAUGAAACAUGUAUAGUGCCACAAUGUUGGCCUCCAUGGAAUAUAUGUACAGCUCAUCCCUCUUCCUGGUGGGGAUUUUCUGGACGCCUGUUUAUUUUUGCACUCCUAACGUGAAGUCAGUAUUUUUAAAGUUCUGAUGCUUAUCUAGUUAAUCCUUUAGGGAGGGAGGGGGACGAGUUAUGGUAAAAGUGUAUUUUAAUAAUGACUGUUAAUAAUAAAAUACGCUAUAUGCUUUGAGUAAAAUUGAAAAAUAAUAAAAUACGCUAUAGUACACUUUUACCCAGAUCUGUUGGUACAGGGCUUGACAAAUUUGUUUAAUAUCUAGGAGCCAGCUAAAAAAAGUUAGAAGCCAGUCAAUUUCAACGAGAAAAUGCAGUUCUUAAAGGGACACUAUAGUCAGCAGAACCACUACAGCUUGAUGUAGUUGUUCUGGUGUCUAUAGCAUGUCCCUGCAGUAGUUUCAGUGUAAACACUGCCUUUUCUUUGAAAAGGCAGAGUUUACAUUGCUGCUUAGGAACACCUGUAGUGACUCACUCAGAUGGCCACUAGAGUGUCCUUGGGUCACUGCUGCACCAUGUGCAGCACCCAGGUUCAGUGUCUCCAAGCUCUGCAUGGAGGCACUGAAUGUUCCUCAUAGAGAUUCUUUAAUUUAAUGCAUUUCUAUGAGGAGAUGUGGAUUGGUACAUUUGCUGCGCAUGCACAAAAUCCUAUUGGCUUAGCUGAGAAAAUCAAGAUUAAUCUCAGCCAUGGCGAAACUGGCACGGCGUGGGAAAAUGGGGGGGGAAGGUGAGUACAAACAAAUUCCUCAUGUGAUCGGAGGACAGGCUCACAUACACACUCACGCUGACAACAGGCUUGCAUGCACACACACUUUGACAGGCUCUCACACAAAGGCUGACCACAGGUUUGCACGCACACACUGACAGUAUUUUGCAGGCUUUGCACAUGUGUGGCAAAAUGCUGCCUUACUUGAAUCGGCAUUUAUUCAUAGAAAUGCAUUGAAUCAGUAUACCUCUAUGGGGAGCAUUCAGUGUCUCCUGUCAGGGUAUUUAUAUCGGCAGACAUUUUGUGCUAUGAUAGAAACUAAAAGUGUAUAUUCUGAGUCACUCUGAACAGACCAGACUCCAUUUUGUUAUUCCAAGUUAACAAAAAAAGACACAAGAUUUCUUUCUGUAAGACUAGCCACUUUGCCAGAGCUAAGGAAUGCAUAGUAUAAACAAGUGAUAAGAAGAAUAUAAUCAAUUCUAAACCCAGACAAUUGUGACAGAGAAGAUUAAAUAAUAAAAUUUAACUGUCUAUAAUAUAUAUAUAUAUAUAUAUAUAUAUAUGUAUAUGUACCAUUGUAUGGAAAAGGGUAAACUUAGUUCAUGAUCUGCCAUAUCAGAAAUUAUGGCAGGAAUUGCAGACGCUAGGUCUGGACAAAAUUUAAGAAACCCUUUGAAAUUUUAAGUUAUGGCACUAUAAGGAUAACGCAAAAUAGCCACCAGGAAAAGUUAACUCUUUCCUGGAUGGGUAUGUUUAGUGGGACAAGACUGCCCUCUAUAGACUAAAUACCUAAAUUGCGUUCUGGAAGAUAACCACACCUCUAGUGCUUCUAUUGGGUUAUCAACUGAUGACGUACAGAGAGUCUGGCCCUUUAAAAGUUAAGACAAAGGGAACAUAGAGGAGACGAGAUAUGCAGGGUAUGCAAGAGAUGCAAAGGAGAAAGGAAAAGAGGAGAGAGGAAUUGGAAGUUUGGGGACUCCAACCUCCAUGCAGAGAGACAUCCAAAUAAGUUCCUGAGACUACCAAUCGGAUGAAAUAUCUACUCAACUGGUAAUUAUACUGGUUUCAUUUAAUUAAUUAAAUUAAUUAAAAUGUAUUAAUAGCAUUAUAUAUGACUGGAUAAAGCACGGUCAGAUUUCCAUAUUAAGAAAUCUUAGUUAACUAAGAAUAUAUAGUUAUAAACAUUCCAUUCUGCAGGUGGAAUUAAGAAUAAUUAUAUAUUGAUGUGAUAUUAUCACGUGUUAGCAUACCGCUGUUUUUAUCCAGGUGUAUUGAUUUGCUCUAAAUUAAGAUAAGAUAUCUUUUAGACAAAUUAAAAUCUGCUUAUAUAAUAUGGUAGAUUCUCUUAUUGGAUGGUUCCAGGAAAUGACUAAUGAACUGGUUUAAAUGUUAUUUUAUUUAAAAAUUACAUAAGAAUAGAUCUUAACUACCUAGGAGAUCUAGCCAGCAUUGAAAGGGUUAUUCUAACUGUCAGCUAAACUUUACGACCUUACGCUGCACUCUGAAGAAUUCUGUUCUCUGAGUGAAACUUUUUCAGUCUGUGAGGAUACCUCAUAAAUCUCAGAAUUCUUGACAGGAAAUGCUGUUCAGAGUUAAUAGCCAUUGAAACGUAAUACCCAUUCCUUUGUAUUGCAUAUCAUUUUAUACUGGAUAUUCAUUGAUUAUUGUCACGCAUGUUACAUAUUAUUAUUAUUAUUAUUAAUUAGUCAUUAUAAAUAAAAAUCUAUUUUUAUACAUUGUGAUAUUAAUUAUAUGAAAUACUUUCACUUACGAUAAACGUUCUUUGGGAUCUGAGAAUUGAAUUAGUGGGCAAUUCUCACUGUUACUAUUAUUAUCCCAUAAAUAUCCCCACACUCCAUGCUCUGGCUCCACACUGUGCAGUACUGGACUAGGAAGCACCUGUAGUGGCCGUCUGAGCGACUACCAUUAGAGGUGUUCUUAGGCAGCAAUGUAAAUACUGCCUUUUCUCUUAGUGGUUCUGGUGACUAUAGUGUCCCUUUUAAAUAUAAGCAAGGUGAUCUUGUUGUGAAUUUGUUCACAUAAAUAUUAAUUUAAGAUACCCUAUCAAGAAGUAUAACCAGCUUCUGUAAAGUUUAAUUAAAGGACCACUAUAGUGCCAGGAAAACAUACUCGUUUUCCUGACACUAUAGUGCCCUGAGGUGCCCCCACCCUCAGGGUCCCACUCCCGCCGGGCUCUGGGGGGUGGAAGGGGUUAAACUUACAUCUUUCUCCAGCGCCAGGCGGGGAGCUCUCCUCUUCCCUCUUCUUCUGUCACCAGCUGAAUGCGCAUACGCGGCAAGAGACGCGCGCGCAUUCAGCCAGUCCAUAGGAAAGCAUUCACAAUGCUUACCUAUGGACACUGGCGUCUUCUCACUGUGAAAAUCACAGUGAGAAGCGCGGAAGCCCUCUAGCGGCUGUCAUUGAGACAGCCACUAGAGGCUGGAUUAACCCAUUUACAAACAUAGCAGUUUCUCUGAAAACUGCUGUUUAUAAAAAAUAAAAAAAAAGUUAAACCUAGCUGCACCUGGCACCCAGACCACUUCAUUCAGCUGAAGUGGUCUGGGUGCCUAUAGUGGUCCUUUAAUCAUUCUACUGUUCUGUUUGUACAGGUGAAAAAAAAUCUUUUCAUGGUGUUGUUAGUAACUGUUGCAGCAUUAUUGAAUCAGGCAACACACAAUAACAUCAUGUUUCAGCUUUCUGUACACAAAGCAUUCUGUAAUUUCCAUCGUGCUUGGAUUCUGUCUUACUAAACAUAAUGUGGAUUAGGUCUGUUCAUAAACUAUUUAAAGUGACAGCCUAAGUAGCAAAAUCACUUUAUCUAAAAGAAGUUAUGUUGGGCAUAGAUGCUGUCAGUGCAGUUGGAAACAGUGCUAUUUCAUCACAUAGAUUGGCUGUGUUCAUGACCACUAUGUGAAAUAUAGUACAGUCAUGGCAAUAAUAGUUAGAAUAGAAUCUACUUGAGACAACACUGUAUGAAAGGCAUUUUUAUUGCAAAAUAACAUUAACUUAACUGUUUUUUGUUUUAUUUAUUGUAGAAUGCGUUACGUGGCCGCUUACCUCCUUGCUGUCCUUGGUGGCAACAACAGCCCCUCAGCCAAAGAUCUGAAAAAGAUCUUGUCCAGUGUUGGAAUUGAGGCCGAUGAUGAACGUGUCAAUAAGGUAAGCUGCCAAAAUGACAACCUCUUUCAAGGUCAUUCUAACUUUUAUUAAUCAACCAACUUCAAUCAUUGUUGCUUUAUAAGCAUUACAGCUUUUACAGUAUGUGAAUAGGAAUGUUAUUCCUUACUGAAAAUGUGAUCAAGUAAAGCAACAACACAUAGGUUGUGAUCCUUAACACUAUAUUGAUUUUGGUGCCAGGUGUGCUCUGAUGCACCCCAUUGUAACUAGUCAAACCGUUUUAAAACAGUUUGACUUCUUAUAUGUUUGCUUGGCACUGCUCUCAACCUCCACCACAUCCAACAGAGAGCUGAUGGCUCCUGCUUAGUAUUUUCUUCUGGCUUUCCUGAGCUAAACCCUGAACCGUUAGGUUCUAAACAAGUUUAACUGCUUACAUAGGGGCAAUCGUAACUUUAUAAAUUACCUUAGUCAACGAGACAUCCGAGAGGUGUCCUACCUCCCUUGCUUUGAGCUAUAGUUCAAAGCAGAAGUGAAUGUUUUACAUAGUCAUUGUAUUCGCUUAUGGCGGCAUAUGUCCCUGUCACUUCUGGGAAAAGCAAUGAGUACUCGAUUGGACAUAGAUCAUUAGUAUUGAUGAUCUGCAUAGAGUUUAGUUCAUUAGCUUUUUAAUUAAUACACUGUAGUCGUGUUUCCAUAAUAUCCAUUUAGCAAAUGUAUGCAUUUUUCUUCUAGGACACUAGAUGGCAGGUUAAACUAAUGUGCUUUUUUUUCCGUCCUGUGAAAGAUAAUCAUGUCAAUUCUAACCAAUUUUAAAACGGGGAUAAGGCAUUAUAUAGCAAUGAAAAAAUGAUUCUCUCUCUCUUGUAGAUUAUCAGCGAACUUGGUGGAAAGGACAUUGAAGAUGUCGUAAAUUCCGGUAAUACUUUUAUAAACUUUGUUUGGGGGGGUUAUUUUUUGUGUUUAUUAAGCAAUUGUGUACUUCUCUAUUAUUGGGGGUUAGGUACAGUAGUUUUGCACGUUUAAUUUUAAGAAUAUUCAAAAGGCAUACAUAACAUUUGUUUCUCUCCUCUAAACUUGUUUGUCAAAAGAAAAAAAUCCUAGAAUAAAAAUGUUGUGUUCUUUAUAGAUGCUAAUUAUUGUUUGCAGAGUACCUUUAGUGAAAAAGCAUGAUGGCUGCUUUAGUUACCCGCAUCCACUUUACUGCUACUUGUAAAGAAAGAUAUAUGUUUCACAUGCAGUUAGCACAUACAUGUUAUAUAAAAAUCUAACUUGCAACCACCAAUCUUUUUAAAGAAGCUAAACAUAAAACAGAUUUGUGUGGAUUUCCCAAUUUGUUAGAAACCUGUAUGCUGGUUUGAAGCUCCAGAACGUGCUUUCCCUUUGUUGUUCUUACUGACAGUCUAAAACCUGUUUUGAAUUUUACUCUUCAGAAUUCCUCUCCAUAAACUCCCGUGUUCUUCAGAUACUUCAUUUCUGAUUUGUAUUAAUCGACUGUUAAAUUGAUAUCCGAACAAUUUGACAAAAAAAACACCAAAUAUAUUUCCAGUUGGCUAGUGGAUCUUGGCAAAAGCAUUUCCCUGUUCGUUUAUAUUCUAAUCGCUAGUCAUGAAUGAUAAAUGUGCAUAUCUUUCUACCCACUGUAAUUUAUAAAUGAUAUAUGCAGAAGAAAAUACACCUAACGUGUCUAUUUUUAUAUUAUUCACCAAAUGAAGUGCACUUGUAUGACUGGCAGCAAUCACUGCUGACUUCAGUAGUCCUUUAGUGUACUGCCUAUGCUUUGAUUUGGAUUUAUUUAGUAAUUCUGCAUUGGCCGCCUGUAGCAACUGGCAGAAAAUAAGACUGAUGUUUCCUAUCAGAUCAUAUUCAUUGUGGCAAAUGCAAAAACCUAUGAAACUCUUUCUAAUUUAAUAUAACUUUUUAUGGUGAUCUUCCACUGCUGACACUAGGUAUUCGUUCUAAUUAUUAUACAUAUAUACACCAGUAAUUAUAAUAAUUGUGAAAUUAUUGGUUUGCUAUAAUUUAAUGGAAUUGUAUCAUCAGGUCUCUGUAAAUUGUCAUCUGUUCCAUCUGGGGGUGCUGUGGCUGCAGCUCCUGCAUCUGCUCCAGCUGCCGGAGGCUCUGCUGCUCCAGCAGGUAAGUUAUUUUUCUUUAUUCAUAACACUGUGCUUUACAGUCUUCUAAACCCCAAAUUUUAGUAAAUUGAAAAUAGGCAUGCAAAGUUUUGACAAAGUUGCUUUAAAGAAAAUACAAGCUUGAUUGUAGACACACCCUUGCUGUUUUGGGCUAAAUUGUUCAGGUUUCAUUUCACUCUAAUCCAAUAUUUGAACAAUGUGCAUUUAUUCCAAGAUAGUGUGUGUGUGUUUUCUCCAAGGAAUAGUUUACAUUAAUUACCCAAUACAAGAUGCAGCUUUUUAACAUUUCAUUCAUUUGCAAAAGUUUUAACUGAAAAGCAAAAUCAAAACGUUUUUCUAAAGCCAGAUUGAGAUAACAUGUUUAUAACAAUAUACAACAGGCAGCCAGUCUGAGCACAUGGCUGACAGACCCAAAAUUGGAUUGCGGGGGCAUUAUAGACUUUCCAGAACUACCUUGGAGUACCGACUCUGAAAUCCCUAAGGUUUCAAGUACAAGUUGUCUAUACCUGCGAAGCGCUGAAUAGGUGUGGCAUUUAGGCAUAUCUCCCCGUGGCCACCACUACAUAAAAGGGCAUGACAUUUUGGAGUUUUUUUGCAAAGAACCCACACAUGACAGUACAUGAGAAUACCUCACCCACUUUUUUUCAAGGUAUUACUGGCAAAUAACAUUAAAUUGCUGCCUACCCAUAGUGCUUCUUGGUUCACUUGUGCCAUCUAUCAUCUUUAUUAAAUCUUAAACUAUUUAUGCCUUUUUCAUUUUCCAUUUUGAGGAACAACUCAACAUUUAAAAUAUUUGAUUAUUAGUUAUGAUAGUUUAAAUGUUUGCCAAUAAAGGCCAUCAAUAUAUAUUUUUUUCUUUAAAAAUUAUUUGCACUUUUUAAUAAACAAUUGAUUUUUGGUCUUUGCAGAAAAGAAAGAAGAAGUAAAGGAGGAAUCUGAAGAGUCUGAUGAAGACAUGGGAUUUGGACUCUUUGAUUAAAUACCUCUUUUCUUAAGAUAAUAAAACAAAUCUAAUUCAAAUAAACUGGUUUCGUGUUUUUUCAAAGAUAGAAAGAAAUCACUGGUAAAUCGUUGUGGAUUGUACCGUGAAUUACAAGAACAAUGAAUUA